AUGGUUAAUGCAUCAUCAAAAAAGCGUUCUCGUGAACAUGAUUCAAGUAGUGAAGAAUCGGAAUCUGAAAAUGAAUAUCAAGUCGAAGCUAUUGUCGAUAAACGUACAAAAGGCAAAAAAAUUCAAUAUCUUCUUAAAUGGAAAGGUUAUUCAGAUGCAGAUAAUACUUGGGAAGAUAAAAAUAAUUUGAACUGUCCAGAAUUAGUCAAAGAAUUUGAAGACAGUUAUAAAAAGAAACCUAACGAACGAAAAUCGAAUGGAAAAACUGAAGCAAAAUCCAGAAAGAAGACAACAACAACAACAACAAAAUCAAAAAAAGCUAAAAUUGCUGAAAGUGAUGAAGAUAAUCAAAGUGAUGAAGAACCAUCAAUAAAUAAUGAUAAUGGUACAGAAGCAAAUACAACUACUGAUAAUAUUGAUACUAUUGAACAGAAUAAUACACAUGAUAAUUCAAAAGUAAGUGAUGUUGAACCAGUGGCACAGUCUCGUCUUCGAUCGACUUCUAAAACUGAGAGUAUAAAUGGUGAAGUAACAAAAGAAAACGAAAAAGAUUCUGAUGCUCAACAAAAUGAAACAAUCAAUACUGAAAAUGAUGAAACUAAUAAUAGCAGUAUUGAAUUAUUAAAUGAAUCAUCAUCUCCAAUAAAAGAAACUGUUAUUGAUGAACAAACAACAAAUGAACCACCUGUAAAUCUUCGUCUUCGUAUAACACCUAGUUCAGCAUCAUCAAUAUCAUUAGCAUUAAAUGAUAGUGAUAAUAAUAAUAAUACUAAUGAAAAAUCUUCAUUGGACAAUACGAUGAAUGGAGAUGAUGAUCAAGAUGCACCUGAAAUAAUAAAUGAUGAUGAAGAUUUAAUUGAAAAAAUUGAAGGUGUUAAAAAUGAUCAAGAAGGAAUAUCAUUUCGUGUAAAAUUAUCUGGCAAAAGUGAAACUCAAUGGAUGUCAGCUAAAGUUGCUAAUCGAAAAUAUCCACAAACGGUUAUUGCAUUCUGGGAAAGUCAUGUGGAAUUUACAUAA